AUGGCUAGAGCCCCAAUUUCAUCAAUUUUCUACUUAUGCACCAGAAACAGAAAAACCCUUUCAAAGUUCAAAGCUUUUCUCUUCAAUCACACGCACGUUUAUUCUUCAAAUUCUCAAUUUUAUCACCCUUUUCGCCCAUUUUCGACCCAUUUGAUAAACCCUCGUUUUGCUCCUAGUUUCUCCCAAAGUUUGAAUCUUUCUAGUGGUAGAACCCUCUCCAUAAGACCCUUUUCGACAGAAGGCGAGGAGGGUGAUUCAGAAUUGGAAGCGGGUAUGGCUAAAGAUAUUGAUUAUAAGCUUGGCAAUGAGGUUAGUGAUGAUAUUUAUGAAAAUGAGGUUGUUUCAUAUGAUGAUAAUGAUAAUGAUGAUUUCAAUUCAGAGAUUGUUGAUUCUGUAGAAUUUAGUAGUAGUAGUAGUGAUGAUGAUGAAUUAGAGAAGAAGAGUGAGGUUGAUUUUACAGAAGUGGCAUCGCGUGACCCUAUUGAAUUGUAUGGUGAGCUUAAGAGUGUGGAAAGGGGUGCAAAGUUGGUUAGAGCUGAGGUGGAAGUGUUAACAGAUGUGUUUCAUUAUUUUGCCAAAUCAGGUUGGGCUUCUAAUCAGGCACUUGCAAUUUAUAUUGGUUUGUCGUUUUUUCCCACUGCUGCGCACAAGUUUCAUAACUUUUUCAGGAAGAGAUGUGCGGAUGAUGUUGCGAGGUACUUGAUUUCACUUGGACCGUGUGAUGAGGCUGUGAGGUUUUUGUUUCCUAUAUUUGUUGAGUUUUGUUUGGAGAAUUUUAUCGAUGAGAUCAAGAGUUUUAGGGAAAUGGUUAAGUCGGCAGACCUCACGAAACCGCAUACUUGGUUUCCUUUUGCGAGGGCUAUGAAACGGAAGAUAAUUUAUCACUGCGGGCCUACCAAUAGUGGUAAAACUUAUAAUGCUUUGCAAAGAUUUAUGGAGGCGAAGAAAGGGAUUUAUUGUAGUCCACUCAGAUUGUUGGCUAUGGAAGUGUUUGACAAGGUUAAUGCUAAGGGUGUUUAUUGCAGUAUGUUAACCGGUCAAGAGAAGAAGUUUCUCCCGUUUUCAAAUCAUGUUGCGUGUACUGUGGAAAUGGCUUCAACGCAGGAAUUGUAUGAUGUGGCUAUUGUUGAUGAGAUUCAGAUGAUGGCAGAUCCGUGUAGAGGGUAUGCAUGGACUAGGGCGCUCCUUGGGUUGAAGGCCGACGAGAUACAUUUAUGCGGUGAUCCUAGUGUUUUGGAUAUUGUUCGAAAGAUCUGUCAAGAUACAGGAGAUGAGUUACAUGUGGAACAUUAUGAGAGGUUCAAACCGCUGGUGGUUGAAGCGAAGACCCUACUUGGAAAUCUUGAAAAUAUUAAGUCUGGCGAUUGCGUUGUUGCGUUCUCAAGGAGAGAGAUAUUUGAAGUUAAAUUAGCCAUUGAGAAACUCACUAACCACCGAUGUUGUGUGAUAUAUGGAGCUUUGCCACCAGAAACUCGUCGGCAGCAGGCUAAUUUGUUUAACGACCCGAAUAAUGAAUAUGAUGUUCUAGUAGCUAGUGAUGCAGUGGGGAUGGGCCUGAACCUUAACAUUAGAAGAGUCGUUUUUAAUAACCUUUCAAAGUACAACGGUGACAAAAUUCUUCCUGUUCCAGCAUCACAGGUUAAGCAAAUUGCUGGAAGAGCUGGUCGAAGAGGAUGCCUUUAUCCCGAUGGACUUGCCACUACCUUACAUUUAGAUGAUUUGGAUUACUUGAUCGAGUGUUUGAAACAACCCUUUGAUCAUGUAACGAGGGUUGGCCUUUUUCCUUUUUACGAGCAAGUGGAAUUGUUUGCCGGACAAAUUCCUAACAUGACGUUCAGCCAGCUUUUAGAAAAGUUUGGCGAAAACUGCCGUUUGGAUGGGUCGUACUUCUUGUGUCGACAUGAUCAUAUAAAGAAAAUCGCUAAUAUGUUAGAGAGGAUUCAAGGGUUAUCUUUAGAAGAUCGAUUUAACUUUUGUUUUGCUCCUAUUAAUGUUAGAGACCCGAAAGCUAUGUACCACUUGGCUAGAUUUGCUACAGCGUUUGCUCAGAAGGUCCCCGUAAACAUAGCUAUGGGCAUGCCGAAAUCUUCGGCACGAAAUGAUUCAGAACUCCUAGACCUUGAGAGCAGGCAUCAAGUGUUAUCUUCAUAUUUGUGGUUAUCAAACCACUUUGACGAGGAAAAAUUUCCAUAUGCAAAGAGAGCCGAGGCAAUGGCUUCAGACAUUGCUAUCUUACUUGGUCAAUCGCUUAUCAAAGCAAAUUGGAAACCCGAAUCAAGGAGCAGAGGGAAACCGAAUGCUGGAAUAAGUGAAGAGCAAACAGAUCCAAGAAGUGAAGUCGGUUUAAAAAUCGAAAAAAAGGAUCAUCGUUAUUCAAGACCACAGUCUCUUAUUAAAUUAUAUGACCAGAAACGACAUGAAAAAUCGUUACACUCUGACCGUUUAAAGAAGAUAAUUGCAUAA